AUGAGUACGCUGCCGACGACCGAGAAGCCAGCCGGCUCCAGGGCUCUUCACCCUGCCCUUUUUAUUGCGAGUUGGAUCUUCUUCUCAAACCUCACAAUUCUGUUCAACAAAUGGCUGCUUGAUACAGCAGGCUUCAUUACUCCACGUCUAUUACUAACUUCUUCAUUAGCUGUCAUCUUGACAUGCUGGCAUCUUGUCUUCUCGACUUUUGCAACCCAGCUACUGGCGCGGUGCACAUCUCUCCUUGAUGGCCGGCACAAGGUUAAAAUGACGGGGCGCGUCUACCUGCGCGCUGUCGUGCCCAUCGGCCUGCUGUAUUCGGGCUCCCUCGUCUGCUCUAACCUCGUCUACCUGUACCUCUCCGUGUCUUUUAUCCAGAUGCUCAAGGCCGGUGCGCCUGUCGCUGUGCUCUUCGCCAGCUGGAUCUGGGGCGUUGCAGAACCCUCCAUGGCGACGUUCUACAACAUCCUGCUCAUCGUGGCCGGUGUCGGCCUAGCUUCCUUUGGCGAGAUCGAGUUCUCCUGGAUCGGCUUCAUCUUCCAGAUGGGCGGCAUCAUCUUUGAGGCCAUCCGCCUUGUCAUGAUCCAGGUCUUGCUCAAGGGCGACGAGAACGCGCAGAGGAUGGACCCCCUCGUGAGCUUGUAUUACUACGCCCCCGUCUGCGCUGUUAUGAAUAUCUUCGUCGCUUGGGCCAGCGAGUUCAGCUCCUUCAAGUUGGAGGACUUUCAGAAGACGGGCGUCACCAUGCUGCUACUCAACGCGGGUGUGGCGUUCAUGCUCAACGUGUCGAGCGUCUUUCUCAUUGGCAAGACGUCCGGCCUUGUCAUGACCCUCACCGGCAUCCUAAAGAACAUUCUUCUGAUCGGCGCGUCUGUCAUCAUCUGGAACACCAACAUCAGCUUCAUCCAGUUCAUUGGCUACGGCAUUGCUCUCUUUGGCCUCGUCGUCUACUCGACCGGCUGGGAGCAACUGAAGGGCUCGGCUGCUGGCGCCGUCGUUUGGGCCCGUACCGCUUGGAACUCGCACAGCUUUGAUGAGGGUCGCCUCUCGCCACUCGUCCGCCGCGCCAUCUUUUUUGGCCUGCUCACUCUUAUCACCGUGAUGCUUGUGCUCGGUUUUGCCUACAAGGGCUCAUCGGCACCGGCGGACUGGUUGGCCAAGGUGGGCACGACUAGCACUUAA